GUCGUAAACUGGUUAAAGUCUUAUUUCUGGCAGCAUUGACAAGCUGGUCGGAUUUUUUCUGUAAACAACAUAAACUAUUGUCUAUUGGGACUAAAAAGCUACCAAUGUCAUUUGGGUGGUCUUUGAAUGAUGUUGUCACCCAGGGAAGUAAGCGCUCCAAAAUGUCUCAUCAUGUACCCACCAUAACCAGCUGGGACAUCAAUGAUUCUCUAGCUGCAGAUUUUGAUGGAUCUCUCUCUGGGCUGGGUUCUGAGCUCGGAACAACAAGCUACAACAUGAGUGAAGCUUUGCUGGCAUUACCUGUUUUCAAAUCAGAAAAUUUGGACAAUGGCUUUCAGUACAUUCUUGGAGCAGCUACCUCUCCUGCAGUCAAGUUAAAUGAGGAGACCUUGACAUACUUAAAUCAAGGACAAUCUUAUGAGAUCAAACUGAAGAAACUGGGAGAUCUGUCUGAUUUUCAAGGAAAAUAUCUCAGAAGCAUUGUAAAGAUUUGUUUCCAUGAACGGCGGCUUCAGUACAUGGAAAGGGAGCAGAUUGACAGCUGGCGCAAUACUAGACCAGGGGAGAGAAUCUUGGAUAUUGAUGUUCCAUUGUCGUAUGGAUUAGUCGAUGUCAACAUUGACAGAGAUUGUUUGAACGGGGCAGAGUUUAUUUGGGAUCCGACGAAGGAGACGGGUGUAUACGUCAGGGUUAACUGUAUCAGUACCGAGUUCACAGCCAAGAAACACGGUGGAGAGAAGGGAGUGCCAUUCCGUUUACAGGUGGAGUCGUACACGUACGAGGAUAGGGAUAACAAGCUGAUUCACUGUGGCUCAUGUCAGAUUAAAGUCUUUAAACCGAAAGGAGCUGAUAGAAAGCAUAAAACAGACAGGGAGAAAAUGGACAAGAGAACAGAGGCUGAAAAAGAAAAAUACCAGCCAUCAUAUGAAUGUACAGUUUUGACAGAGGUUCCCUUGGAUCAAGUUGCUAACAUUGCCACACCUAGUGUUAGUGUUAGUGUUAAAUCUCCAAACAACUCUUUUGCCAAUCUUACACAGAGCUUCAGUGACAUGCAUGCUGGAUCCCCCAUCCAGAAGAAACCUCAAGCAGAUGAAGAUGACGACUCUUCAAGCUGUAAUGGCGGGUCGGGUUCUAGCAAGAAACUCAAGUCCUCCUCAUCAAGUGAUGACUUGAACACUGCAGUCAGUUUGAAAGGGAAAGCUUUGACUUGUGAUGCCUGUGCCCAAGAGGUAACAGCCUGGUUACAAGCGAACAGAUUUAGCAGCUACAAACAAAUAUUCCAAAACUUUUCAGGUGCAGAUUUGCUCCGUCUCACUCGGGAUGAUCUCAUCCAGAUCUGCGGAUUAGCAGAUGGAAUACGUCUGAACAAUGCUCUACAGUCCAAAGCAAUUAGACCAAGAUUGAUAAUUUACGUGUGUCAGGAAAGUGAUUCAGUCUACCAUGCCCUUUACCUGGAACACCUAACCAGUCAGGAGCUGCUAGAGAAGCUGGCCAAGCUGUACAAUGUGAGCGGUGAGCAGAUCGGCGAGCUGUACUGUCAGGGUCCCUCAGGAAUAUACGUCCUCCUCAACGACGAGGUUCUACAGAACAUGUCAGAACAAUCCAGAUUCUGUGUGGAGGCAAUGAAAUCGGAAACAUCUGACCAAUACAAAGUGUUACUGAAGUCUAUAUCCUGACCUCGCCACAACUAGACGAUGAUCUCACAGCAUUGCUGGGACAAUAUAGAAGCAGGAAAUCAUCUUCUGAAAUUAAGCGGGUUUCAUGUUCUUGUAUAUAUAUACACACCGCCACCUUGCAGAUAUCCUCUUUUUAACACAGCUCACAUUGGUUGCCCAAAGUCUGGAUUGUUUUCCUAGAACGUUUGAUAGGGUUGCUGAUUGUUGUGGUUUAUUGUACUGUAGAAACCCAGCAACCCCUCUUUCUUUGUGUGAAACAAUAGACAUACCGUAAUUGGUUUCUUAUCACCAAGACAUCAGUUUUUAUUUAUGGUUUGAACAUCUUUUGAUCACAAAGCACACUGCCAAACAUUUUUAUUAAAACUCUUUCAAAAAAAGGGAGAACAUUUUUUCGACUUUUCCAAAAUUUGUUUGACAAAAAUAUGCUCCUGUUUACGCCUCCAAAUUAUCACUAAAUUGUUCAAUAUUUCUGAUAGUUAAAGGUAGUGUCUAUUUUUAGCAUAGACUUUAUAAUCUUGUUUAGAUGUUAAAUAACAUAGGUCCCUGUUUCAUGUAAUAUUUUACCUCAUGUAUAAAGCAGGGGCUUGUUUCAUUUGGACCAUUUUAGAUAAAGAUAUAUGUACAUGUAUUCAAAAUCACACAAAAACCCCAUCGUUAACAAUAUGACUUUUUCCAUGUUGUCAUUCAUAUAUCCUUUUUAUAAAUUUCCAUACAGAUUGAAUAUUUAUUGGAUGUAGUGUGUUUCAGUAAAUAUUCAGUUUCAAUGUGUUUUUUUACAUGUAUUAGGAAAAAUAUAUAAACUAAGGUUAAAAUUGAGUCAUCGUGACUUCAUGUACAUGCCAGUUACAAAAAAAAAUGAAAUUCAAACUGCUUUAUUUUAAAUUGAUUUUUUUUUUGUUUCAAAUCAAAAAGGUUUGUUUUAAAACAAAUACAAAAACAUUAAUACAUGCUUCUUGGAUCUAUUUAUUGUAGCAUUUUAUUCUUUUGUGACUUGUGAUGCAAUGAAUAUGAAAUUUUAAUAUUUGAUAUCAAUCAAAUUGUAUGUAAUACUGUUAGCCAACAUUUAUUCAAGUAAGAGAAAUUUUUGUGAGGUUUGCAGGAGCAUAGUUGUUGUGAAUUUUUCUCACAGCAAACCAGCCCUCAAAUAUCUCUGGAAUUUUAUUUUCGAGUAUGCCACAUCUUGAACGCAAAAAAAAAGUCGCAACGUAAUCUGUAAAAUAAAGUUGUUGCAAAUAAAAGUUGGUUUACAGCACUUUGAUAUGAAGUUUAAAUUGGGGUUUUAUUCUUCAAUCAUGUUUUUGUAUAUGUAUUUGUAAAUAUUAGUAUUGUCUUGUGGUAGCUGCUUUUAUUUGAUUAUUUUUUUUAAUUUUUAAAAAUCCAAAGGUUACACCUGAAAUUGGAUAUUAAAUUGCAUUGAAAACUGUAACGAAGAACUAUGGAUAGAUUAUUUUUGGCUUACAUGUAUAUGUAAGUGACACUUCUAAAAAUAUAUAAUUGUAAACAGAUGUGAAAGAGUUUAAUUAUGAAAUGUUAUAUUGCUCUCUUGCAUGAAAUCUCGCAAGGACAUUUUUUGACAUCAUAAAAUAGGAAUACAUAGGAUAUAUUAAUGUUUUUGUGUUCAUAAUAUACACGUAGAACUUGUUUAGAAAGUUUUACAACUUCAUAUUCAUCAUCACAUUUAAAGUGUCAGAAAUUUUAUUAUAGAUAAUAGUUUGGUUUUUUUGGUUGAUAAAUACAUAUAUAUAUAUAUAUAUAUAUGUGUGUAGAUUUUGUCAUCCCCAAUCUUCUUUCCUUGAUUUGUUUGGAAUUUCUAUGUACAUGUAUGCAUCCAUUUCAGGGUAUAUGGACUUUGGCAAGAAGUGAUUGAUUGUUUUGUUUAGAAAUAAGUAAAAAAAAAAAAAAGGGAUAAGUAUAAAAAGCCAUUAUAAAAAUAUUUUAAAAUUUUGGAUUUUUUUUUCAGUAUUAGAAAACAUCUUUAUUAUGAUAAAGGUCAAUGACAGAACUUUGUGUAGGAUACUAAGCUUACAUUAACAAAGGUACCUCACUACACUUAGACUUACACUUUUCAAGACACUAUGUCUUAAGAUGGCAAUUAAGAUGUUUCAUUGAAUUCUUCAUAACAGUCAAUUUGGUUGAAAAUUGUCAUCACUCAGUGGUUAAAGCAUCAGGCUUGUGACUUGCAGAUCAUGAAUUUGAAUCCGCUUGGGGCUUUUGUUCCUAUUUACUGAAUUAAUUUUUGAAAAGAUAAUUUUUCCACCUAUUUGACAUCUUUGCUUCUUAUCCAUCAUGCCAUCUAUCACAAUGAAGUAAGCAAUUUUCUGCUGAUUUGAGAAAUUAUUUCAAGGUGUAGUGAUCCACCUUAAUAUUAGUCUUUUUUUUAUAUUGAUUGCCCCACAAACAAAACAUGACCGCUUAGAUCAUAAUAUCUGUUCUAUUUUUUUAAUUGAUUUUACAUUUAAAAGUUGUAGAACAAGUUAUUUUUCUUUGAAAUGGAUUAAAGGUUUAGUUGGAUGGGUGUGCAUAAUAACAAUUUUUGUAACUGUUGAAAAUUAUCACGAAUCAAUUUUUGUUGUUCGAACUCAGAAUAUGUACAUAUUUACAGACGUCCAUUCUUAUUUGAAACAGCACGUCUAUCAGCACCCUAUAUUUGUCUGUCUGGGUUUCUACAAUUACCAAAAUCUGUUAUACAGAUAUAUUUUUUACUUAUUUUACAUUUCCUUUUUCCAAUUUUCUGUGUGAAAUGUGUACUUUCAUACCGUUAGAUUCCCCACUGAUUACAAGCACCUGAUAAACGAACCAAACCGAAACAAUUCUUUUCUUCUCAAAACUUGGGGAAAAGCUGGAGAGUUAUCAACACAGG